AUGUCCAGGCUUUCCCAAGAUAACCAAGAGUGCCUCCAGGAAUAUUUUUCCAGGCCAUCAAUGUGGCCACAAUUUCUGCCCCUGUCCAGGGUGGAGAGAUAUAGUACAAACACUUACCAAACCACAGAAAGUGAAGAGGACCUCCGGGCUGUGCCCAAUGUCAAGGUUAUGGGAUCUGAAAGAAUGGAGAUGCGGAAGCGGCAGAUGACAGCUGCCCAGGAGCCACCAGGCUCAGUCCCCGGCCAGCAUGGAGCAGGGAAUCGGGGCUCCAAUGCUUGCUGCUUCUGCUGGUGCUGCUGUUGUAGCUGUUCAUGCCUCACUGUUAGAAACCAAGAAGACCAGAGACUCACAAGAGCUUCCCAUGAGCUCAGAACAGAACUUCCAACCUGCGAAGAAAGCCCAACUCCUACUCUGGAAGAAGUCAAUGCCUGGGCUCAGUCAUUCGACAACUUAAUGGUCACUCCAGCAGGAAGAAAUGCUUUCCGUGAAUUUCUCCGAACAGAAUUCAGUGAAGAAAAUAUGCUUUUCUGGAUGGCUUGUGAGGAACUGAAAAAGGAAGCUAAUAAAAACAUUAUCGAAGAGAAAGCAAGGAUAAUAUAUGAAGACUACAUUUCUAUUCUUUCUCCUAAAGAGGUCAGCUUGGACUCUCGAGUAAGAGAAGUAAUCAACAGAAAUAUGGUAGAGCCAUCCCAACAUAUAUUUGAUGAUGCUCAACUUCAGAUUUACACCCUAAUGCACAGAGACUCUUAUCCUCGAUUCAUGAACUCUACUGUCUAUAAGGAUUUGCUUCAGUCCUUAUCUGAGAAAACAGCUGAAGCAUAG